AUGCUACAUUUCAAAGCAGAAAGAUUAAAUUUUAUUCCUUUUGAAUAUGUAGGCCAUCGUGCUGCCGUUAAGGCAAUUGAUAUUAGUGGAAGAAAACGUGAGGGUGUUGUUGAUCCUAAUUCACUAGCACAAUCAUUCCAAAAAGAGGUCGCAAUAGCUUAUAAGAUGCGUCUAGCAACACGUCAUGUAGUAACUAUUUAUGGAUUUGAUUUUGAUAUGCACAGAGGUCUAGCAUUGAUGGCUAUGGAAUUAGGUGGAGAUUCACUGAGUCGACGAAUUCAACAACUCCAUGAUAUAAAAGAUAUGAAAAGAGAAUAUCGUAGAAUGGAUGGUAUGUUGAAAAUGAUAGGUGAUUAUAUUCCACCACGCGAAAGAAAAAAUAUAUGGAAACAAUUAUUCAAUGUUGUACAAACAUUACAUCGACAUCGUGUUGUUCAUUGUGAUAUGAAACCAGACAACUUAGUUUUUUUUGGUCCAAUCAUGAAAAUUGUCGAUUUGGGUAUUGCACAAAAGGAAGUCAUAGGAUCUGGUCCAAGUGCAAACCCCAUUGGUGGUACUCAUUAUUUUAGUGCGCCCGAGUGCUGGUCGCGAGGUGUACGUAUCACAUCAAAAGCUGAUAUAUGGUCAGCAGGAGCUAUUCUAUACAAUAUGACUUAUGGAGUAGCACCCAUAACAUCUUCAUUUCAUCCUCCAUCUAAUAUGCGUCCAACAUCUUCACCUCAUGUCAACGAUGUAUUAAAUCAUUGUCUACAACAAGAUCCUGAUCGACGAGAAUCUCAUCAUUGGCUCGCCCAACAUCCUUAUACAACUGAUCCUACAGCUUUGUGA